UCCUAGAUAUUGCUUUAAAAUGGGUCUAAAAGAAAUGUAUUACAAUCUCUCGAUUGUUUUUUUGUUACUAGCAAGUUCAUCUGCAUUUACACAAGACAAUAAUUUAGGCAUAACACAAACACAAGACAAUAAUAAAAUUACUCUCACAAUACAAAUUCAAAAGCCUAACUCACAUGAAGGUAUAAGAGGUGCUACAAUCCUGGGAAAUGGAAUUAGUAAUUCUGUUGAAGUAUGUCAACAUUUGGUUGGAGUCAGUAAAGGAGACUAUUGUCCAAUUACUGAAACCAAAGUUACGAACCUAAAUAUUCCAGGAAGCUGCCAGGAGAUUUACAGAAAUGGUAAGACAAUCUCCGGUACAUACGAAAUUUUACCAACUGGACAAACAAAACCAGUAACGGUUUUAUGCGACAUGGAAAUUGAGGGAGGUGGAUGGACAAUCAUACAGAAGAGAUUUGAUGGAUCUGUAGACUUUUAUAGACCUUGGAGAGAUUAUAAAUUUGGUUUUGGGAAUCUUAAAGGUGAAUUUUGGUUGGGUUUAGAAAACAUUCACCACCUUACAAGUAGCAAAUCAAAUGAGUUGCUCAUAGAAGUAACUGAUCAUAAUUUGCUAAACUAUUAUGCUAGAUAUCCAGUUUUUGAAAUAGGAUCCGAAUAUCAGGGAUAUAAGUUGAAAACUUUAGGGAGUUAUAGCGGUAAUUCAAGUGGUGACAGUAUGAUAUAUCAUUUAUCCCAAAGGUUUACUACAUUCGAUCAGGAUCAGGACAGUUGGAGUGAGGGCAAUUGUGCCAAAUUUUCACAUGGUGGCUGGUGGUAUAAUAACUGUUACUCUAGUAAUUUAAAUGGAUCACCUCGAAAUAUUCCUCACAUCAGUCCUAAAGAUACCUCAAAGCGGUAUGGAAUGAACUGGGACAAAAUAACGACACCAUCUCAAAGCCAUUUAUAUGGAACCAGAAUGUUGAUAAGACCAAAAUUGUAAUUCACCAGAUACGCUAAUAUAAAUUUGUGACAGAAAAUAAAGUUUUGAUUAUUAA